AUGGUCCUUGAAAGACUGUAUAUACAAUAUGAGGCUAAGGCAAUUCCAGUGGCUAUUGAAGGAACGAGAGAGGCGCCACACCAUCUCCUGGACAUCUUGGAACCGCACCAGAUGUUCACCGUGGUCGACUUUCGCAACAGAGCUUUGAAGAUUAUAGAAGAUUUGAUAGAUCAAGGCAAAAUUCCAUUAAUAGUUGGCGGUACUAACUAUUACAUAGAAUCUGUAGUAUAUAAUAUACUAGUUGAAGAAAUGAAUGACUAUGAUUCCCUUUUAUGGGACCAAAGUAGACGUAAACGGGAUUACCCUGAUUCAGAGCACAAUCAGGAAGUCGAAGCGAAAAGAACCCAAACAGAUGGGAAUAAAGAUCAAAUUCAAGCCACCACGUCAGAUAAAAAAGAAACAGACGAACGUCCGAAUGCAAAUAAAAGUUCUACUAUAGAACAAGGCCUUGAAACAAAUGGAAAAAUUUAUAUAAUCACUAAGGAACAACUCCAAAAAGAUGUUGAUGUUGAGUACACAUUUAACAACGAAGAGAUUCACGCUAAAUUGAAGGCAAUCGAUCCUGCGAUGGCGGGAAGACUUCAUCCGAAUAACAGGCGGAAAGUUUUGAGGUAAGUGAAAAUAUUUUGUU